UAUACGGGAAUGUUAAAGUCACACCUAUUGCUCACCUGGCGCGAACCAUGAAAAGGACAGCCCUCGCCUCGCCCACUUGACGAGGCUCAACCGUAGCCCAUCGAUAUUUCCGACGACAAGAGUCAAAAGUAAACUUCUACCUACCUUCACACCUGCGACUACUGCUGCCAUAUUUUCUCACCUCCUCCCACCUUCACAGUCCAAGCAAAAUGUCGGCAGCAUCUGGUAUGCUUGUUGCUGACCGUGUGAAGACACUCUACGACAAGAUGAAAGUUGCAUCGAACAAAGAAGAACGUAUACGCCUGAUUGUGUUCUCAAUCAAAGAUAACAUGAUCGACGUGCAUGAAGACAAGAUUUAUAAGCAGUGUGAUCUGGAUUGCUCAAAGAUAGACUGUUUUGAUCAGUUCAAGAACCACCUGUGUGCUAAGCAAUCUUUAUACUUACUCUAUGAUUGCCACUUUGAGAAGAAGGAACUGGGAACGCAAGAAGACCUCGUCUUUGCCAUGUGGAAUGGUCCUGAAACAUCCAUCAAAAACAGAAUGACGUAUUGCAGCUCCGUAUCUGCCAUAAAAAAGUGCUUCCCAGGCAUCAAGCAUGAUAUAGAGAUGACAGACUUUGACGAAGCUGCAACCCGGGCGAACUUUAUGGAAAAACUAAACGUUACAGAUGUAACUUCAGUUGAAGGCAAGCCAUUAAGGGGUUGUAUGUAACGCCCGUCAACCAUGGGCCCUUGGAGUGUUCAUCACAUCCUGUCAAGGCACUUGCUUUGUAUUUGAUUUAAAAACAGUGAGGUUUUGGGAUUUGAGUUGGAUACGGGUCUUUGUAAUGUGAACCAGCCACGUCUAUGUACAGUUAAGCUUGUUCACGCGCAAUAAAUUACAUUUUAUAUUGCUUCUGUGCUACAUAUUGACCUGUAUAAUCUAGAUAGUAAUGCAGCUCCAAAAAUAAAAUCACUU